AUGGACUCAAGUUACUUUCGAAGUCAGCAUGAAACGGAACCCCACGAAGUUCGUCGAGAUCCCAACCUAGCGGGUUUCAACGGGUCAACUCAUCAAGAUCAUCCAAGAAUACUCAAAAACGGUAUCAAUAUCGACGACGUCUCGGAGCAGACCCAGGUCCAAGGCACCGGGGAAGCUCUAGGCCCGAAUUAUAAUGGUUCUAGAUCUCAGACUUCGGUCAUCCAAUCCUCUCGUAACUCACCUGAACCGCUGCAGACGGACCGCCAAGGGCACAUUGUAGGGCCGUCGUCCGGUGUGUCCUUCCUGCUUAGGAUCCAAAAGAAGCUUUCAAGUCAAGCGUCCCAUUACUCCUCCGAAUCAUCAAUAUUUACUUUUGGGGACUUACCACUUCCAGGAUGGGAUGGGUCAUUUUUCAUAUUGCCUCCCAGGAGUGAGGCGCAAGAACUUCUUUCAAGCUAUUUUGAAUUUGCGGUUGCCACUCACCGUUUUCUCCAUCGCCGUACCAUGGAAAACUUAUUGGAUGAAUUAUAUGAGACGGGAGGUAAAAUGCGUUCGAAAGAAGGCGCUCGCAGUCGCAUUGCCCUCAUUUUUAUGAUGUUUGCCUGUGCAAAACGAUUCGCUCACUCCGCUGACGAGGAUAGUUCGGAAGCCAGUGCGCGAUACUUUUCUGCCGCCGAACAUCAACUAUCUGAAGAGAAAGGCGAAGUCCGACUUACCAGCAUCCAAGCGAGACUUGCUAUGGUGUUUUAUCUUCUCGCCGAGAGUCGAAUGAAUCAUUGUUGGUCUCUCUUUGGAACUCUUGGACAUUUAAUAUUCGCUCUAGGCAUACAUAGAAGAAGCAGAAGAAAUGAAAUCAUCAAUGGAGAUUUAGUGGAACACGAAUGUCGGAAGAGAACAUUUUGGGUCGCCUACAGUCUCGACGCUUAUUUGAGUUGCGCAUUUGGAAGGCCUCGGGCCUUUCAUGACGACGACAUUAAUCAGGACCUCCCGGCUUGCGUUGAUGACAGCGACCUGGAUAUCGGCCGGCUUUCGGCAUCGCCAGAUAAUGCUUUGCCGGAGAUGGCUGCACCGAUUGCUCAACUAAAAAUAUCACAGAUAAUAGCCAGUGUACUUCGGGAAUUUUAUAGUCUCCGGACACCGUCCUCCAAACAGCGCAUUGAACUUGCGACCAAGUUCACUGGCGAUUUAAAGCAAUGGCGCUUGGAUAUGUCCUUACUUCUUGACCGACAAGAGGCAUCUCAAUCCCUCCUGCUACCACUUUUCCGCCGACAGAGGAAUGUACUUAAUCUAGCAUACUGGCAUACACUUCUCUUAGUGCACCGGCCGUUUCUCCUGAACAAUUUCGCUAGUCUCUCGAAUUACAGCACUGUUCGCGCGAAAUUACCUCACCACGAAGCUUUUGAAAACAAUGUGCAGCAGUGUCUGGAUGCUGCUAUGAAAAUUACCAAGAUAAUUGAAGAGCUUGAGGAGCGCAAUCAGCUGCAUCGAGCUUUCUGGUUCACAUACUACUUCGCUUCUUGCGCCGUGGUUGUGUUAUACGUUUGGAAAGCUAGACCCAAUGCUUAUCUAGCGUACUUUAACGCCGCAUCAGACUGCCAAUCACGUAUUAUCAAUAAUGCUAGAAACGGAUCCUGGGUUCAUCGAUAUGGAAUGGUCCUCGAAGAACUUCGGCUCGAAGUCCUAAGACAUAGUCAAGUGCUAUUUGGAGGUCCGACGGACGCUAUACCUGUGAAUGGUUCUAGCAUUGGGGACCCCGCACCGAGGGAUAAGGACAUUCCGGGAUCUAACACACAAGACGAUCCCUUCACAAUGUCUAUUUCUACUAAUGAGCCGACUUUGGGUACUGUUGAAUCACUAGAACCGCUCGGCGAAUCGUUGAUAGCAAUAAGCCCAAGCAGCUCAAUCGUUGAGAUGACUACUUGGGGUCAAUUUGACUCGUUGAUAACUGGUGGAUUUGGGAAUUUCGACUCACUUCUCUCUGAUCCCAACACCAAUUGGGCGUGGACAUGA